CGCGGCGUGUCCGGCAGGCACAGACCGAGGAGGGGACUGCGGGGAGAGCCGCCAGCGGGGGUCGGAGCGGCCCGGCCAGCGCCUCUCGCUGCGUGCGCGGCCCCGGGGAGGGGAUGGCGCUACUGGCCCUGGCCCUGGACGGACUCGCCAUCUUCGGGCUCAUCCUCUUCGUCGUGCUGUGGCUCAUGCAUUUCAUGUCCAUCAUCUACACACGUCUCCACCUCAACAAGAAAGCAACAGACAAACAACCCUAUAGCAAGCUUCCUGGUGUCUCACUUCUAAAGCCAUUAAAAGGUGUAGAUCCUAACCUCAUCAACAAUUUAGAGACCUUCUUUGAACUGGAUUAUCCAAAGUAUGAAGUGCUCCUGUGUGUACAAGAUCAUGAUGAUCCAGCCAUCGAUGUGUGUAAAAAGCUCCUUGGCAAAUACCCGAAUGUUGAUGCUAGAUUGUUUAUAGGUGGAAAAAAGGUUGGCAUCAACCCCAAAAUUAACAAUUUAAUGCCAGGGUAUGAAGUUGCCAAGUAUGAUCUCAUAUGGAUAUGUGACAGUGGAAUCAGAGUAACACCAGACACCCUAACUGAUAUGGCCAAUCAAAUGACAGAGAAAGUUGGUUUGGUCCAUGGUUUGCCCUAUGUAGCAGACAGACAGGGCUUUGCUGCCACUUUAGAACAGGUAUAUUUUGGCACUUCACAUCCCAGAUCAUAUAUUUCUGCCAAUGUAACUGGCUUCAAAUGUGUAACAGGAAUGUCUUGCCUGAUGAGAAAGGAUGUAUUAGACCAAGCUGGAGGACUGAUAGCUUUUGCACAGUACAUUGCUGAAGAUUACUUUAUGGCCAAAGCAAUAGCUGACCGAGGUUGGAAAUUUGCAAUGGCCACACAAGUUGCAAUGCAAAACUCUGGUUCAUAUUCCAUUUCACAGUUUCAAUCCAGAAUGAUCAGGUGGGCCAAACUGAGAAUUAACAUGCUGCCUGCUACGAUAAUUUGUGAGCCAAUCUCUGAAUGUUUUGUUGCCAGUUUAAUUAUUGGAUGGGCCGCUCAUCAUGUUUUCAGAUGGGAUAUAAUGGUAUUUUUCAUGUGUCACUGUUUGGCAUGGUUCAUAUUUGACUACAUUCAACUAAGGGGUGUCCAGGGUGGUGCUCCGUGUUUUUCAAAACUUGAUUAUGCGGUAGCUUGGUUCAUCAGAGAAUCCAUGACAAUAUACAUUUUCCUAUCUGCCUUAUGGGACCCCACUAUUAGUUGGAGGACAGGACGCUACAGAUUACGCUGUGGAGGCACUGCAGAGGAAAUCCUUGAUGUAUAGCCCCAGCUUUGUGACUGU